AUGGCGCACGACAACUUAGGGGUGAAUCCGAUAUUGCAAGCUACUGUAGGACCACACGUCAACCUUCGGGUUGACAGCAGGACACAGUCCUCCGGCCACCCUGUGCUGUUUGCCGACUGCGAUCCUCACGCCUGCCACCUGGACACGGUUGACCUAUGCCCGUCACUCCGUUCGAUACCAUGGGCGACAGCCAGGGACCGGGACGUCCAGGACAUUUUUCUCACCCGCCUGGUCUUCCUUUUCACAGAUGUGGUAUGCCUUUUCGCGGAAGAUCUCGGCGGCAUGGACGGGGUCAAGACGCUGCUGACGGCGUGGGCCACUUUCGGAUCGGCGUCCAGUCUGGCCCCUAGGCCGGCAGUCAUCGUGGUUGCCGUUUCUGACGGGGCAAGCGUCACACAGGACAUACUGGAGGAAGGUGAGUUCCUUGCCGACCUGAUGCAACACGCCGGAGUCGCGGACACCUUCAUGUCCAUCAACAUGGUCUAUCUUCCACCUCGCGGGGUUCUGGCCGGCGCACCUUAUCAACCCCUGAGGGACGAGAUGCUUAAGCGCCUGGACAUUGUCCGCCGCCAUCGCCGCGAGCACCGGUGCCUCUUCUCUGCCGUCCACUUCAGCGCGCUCUUCGAGGAGGCGAUGGACCGAAGGUGCCGUAGUCGCCACCUUGAGUUUGACUUCAUCGGUGCCUCCCGGAGGGGGAGGGAGACGGACGGCCGCUACCCCAGGCACCUGGCGACAUUCCUUUCGCUUGGAGCCAAGGGCGAUCUUGCCAUGCAGGGCAGUCUGAUCGCCUCCAGUAUGCUGAUGGAUGCGUAUCCACCCAAGGCGCACUGGUUUGAGCCGCGGGCGGCCUUCCGGACGCUGUAUCGAGGACCGUGCAUCGAGGCGCUGCGGGAAGUCCACGGCCCCGGGGCUGACGACCUUUGCCGCCAAAUCGAAACUCGUUUCGUAGGUUUCUUCGGGCAGCUAGUAGCCGGAGACGGCCCCACCCGAAAGAUCCAUCUCCGGAACCUGGCUCGUCAUCGCCGAUGGCUGUCGGAUAUACGAACCGAGGGGGUUUGCCUCUGCUGUCUGUCUCGGUUCCCGCACCACUCCACGUCCUGCCACUCGGUCUGUGAUCUGUGCGUGGAGGCAUUCGGCGAGCCGGUCAAGCGUAAGGAGCUGCAGUACGAGCUCGGUUCCUGUCUCGUAUGUAAGGCGCCGGAAAAGCUUCGGGUCGACCUUGUUCCCAGGACGGCCACGAUCAGAGGCCUCGCCCUGGACGGAGGGGGCGUGCGAGGUGUUCUCCAGCUCAAGAAGUUGAUGCUGCUCGAGGAUGCCCUGGGGGGUAAAUUACCGAUCCAGUGGCUCUUUGAUGUGGUUUCCGGCAGCAGCAUAGGUAAACAAGUUCCUCUUCCUUUCUACCCUGCUUUCAGGGCGGCAGGCGGCAUCAACGGCAUCAACCUCAUCGUCCUGGGGCUCCCCGCCGAGGAGUGCAUGAAAAAUUCGGCCGGCCUCCUCAAAGAGGUGUUCGAGAAGUCGCCCAAGUCCAAGUGGUGGUUCUUCUCUCCUUCGCGCCUGGUGGGAUGCUGGGUCAAGGACGGGGUCUACGGGCCCGUGGUCCUGGAUAGUGUCCUCCAACGCCAUUACGGGGAGAGGUCUAUCUUCGGCAGAACGGCGUUUUCCAGCAUAAGGCUGCUGGUGACGACCCUGACCACAUCGGACUUGCUGGUGGUACUCUCUAACCGUAAGGCGGGAGAGCACGGGCAGGCUGACAACGGGUACCUGCAUCUCGAUCCCUCGAGGCCUUCGCCGUUACUGUGGCAGUGCGCACGUGCGACUAGCGCGGCACCGGGGUUCUUCCCGCCCAUCAAUCUCCAAGGGGUCGGCGACUGCCAGGACGGGGCGCUCAAAUGUCCCAACCCAGCAGCCCUCUGCCGGAGUGAGACGCCGCGAAUGUGGCCUUGGGAGCCGGAGCUCGGGGUCCUCUUGUCGCUUGGGACAGGGGUUGGCGUGUCCGCCUCGGCUGACGGCGCCGCUCCGUCGUCGCAAGAUGGCCAAGGUGCAGAGGACACCAGCGAGGGAUCACCUGCGAGACGGGCGAAGGAUAAGUUUCCCUUCCGUCUGUUUCGCCGUCUCAUGUCCUCUAUGGACGGCGGGGCCGCAUGGCUAGCGCUGAUGAGUCAGCUAGACAGGGAGACGCGGGAAUACUGCUUCAGGCUGGACACCUUGAUACCUGGGGAGGUACCGCCCUUGGAUUCGGUUGAGAGCGUGAGCGACCUGAUAAAGCUGGCUGAUGAGCAGGAGAUUGGCGUGGUGGGCUUAAAAGCGCUCAAGGCCCUGCUAGCGGCUUCCUUCUACCUUAGGUUCUCCAGGACAUACAGUCCGGCCCUGAUCUCUCGAGGAAUAGAUGGGUAA